UGACAACCGCUCGUUACGUCUAUCCCAAGGCAGUUAUUAAAAACGUCUCGGCGCGAGUGGUGCGCCGCCCUGUAAUUAUCCAGUUGAUUCUCGCACUGUUGUCACCAAACUUACCGGAUAUGCAAUACGUAGAACCACCCCCUCAACAGAUGGUGAUGAUGAGUGGCUACGGUUGUGGCUAUGGGCGGAGUGAUGCCAUAUCCCCUGCAUCAGAUCUCUCGUCAUGCAGCAGUGCUUCAUCAGGCGCCUGGUGUGGAUCGACAUGGCGGGAGUUGCCACCCUAUCCGCAAUACCCAGCCUACUGGCCCACGACAACUACCACGGAAGAAACUCGGGAGCUUCAACGCAGAUGUGCCAAAUGCCGCUGUCCCAACUGCCUCACUGAGGCCGCUGGUUUUGGCCCAAACUACGGAAAGGACGGAGCGAAGCGAGAACACGUGUGCCAUGUACCCGGAUGUGGAAAAGUGUACGGAAAAACUUCGCAUCUAAAGGCCCAUCUGCGCUGGCAUACUGGAGAGAGACCGUUUGUGUGCAACUGGUUAUUCUGUGGAAAGAGAUUCACUCGUUCUGAUGAGCUCCAACGUCAUCUCCGAACUCAUACUGGGGAAAAGAGGUUCUCGUGUCAGUUAUGCUCUAAGCGGUUUAUGCGCUCCGAUCACCUCGCGAAACAUGUGAAGACCCACGCGAAUGGGUCCAAGAAGGCAAAGAAGACAAAAGAAGAAGAGAAAGUGGAGAUGACAAAACCAGAAAAUAAAAGUGAAGCAGUGAGUGAAUUGGGCAGUGUUAACUGCGGUACGGUGCCGAUGGUGAGUCCACCUAAGCCGAUGUUGAACUAUGCAGCACCAGCUCCCAUCAACACGACUAACUACCACAGUGGGCCUGUAUUGGGCAGUGGAGUUGUUUAUGGAAAUGGAUGGUGUUCGGAUGUACGGCAAGAUUUGUAUGCUCGUUCGACACCCAGAGACCCGCGUUUCUACCAGCAGUACGCACCAAUAAGUGCUUACCAGUGUGCCUCGAAGGAUAAUUAUUCAAUGUUUCAGGGGCAUUACAGCCUACAGCCUUCAGUUGCUAUCGGACAGUGAUAAAAAGCUUAAAAACUUUGUAAGAACUGGAACAUAUUGAAUAACUGAUGUGCGAUGAUUGUAUUAUAUAGUUAUUGUUAAGUUACCAUUAAUGUGAAUGAGAUGUGCCUUGAUAAAUGUUAUUCUAGUUUAAUAAAUACUUUGAUUUUAA